UGAUAAUUAUAGCAAUUUUCCAAGGUUAUCGACUAAGUAUGUUGGACAGCUAUGUUCAUUAGAAGCAUCCUCCUCCAGUUUUUGGUCAUCUGAGCUUUCCUCAUCUUCUACCAAUACAGGGUCGAACAAGGGAUUCAUACUCCCAUAACCUCUGCCAGCCUGACUAUAGGUCGGCGCUUGCCCUAAAUUAGGGUUGUGGAUGGUUUCAUCCUCCAUCGUUGGGAAAUCUUCUUCCAUGGGGAUUGCGUCCGUAUUGAUUGCCAUUGUUUUACUUUUUUUUGUUUGAUCUUUGAAGCAGAUCACUCUUUUCGCUCCAAAGCCCUAGGAGAGAUGUUUUCUAGAGCUUGUUCCCGGAUUUCGAGGACUGGGUUGAAUCCAUUUCGUUGGCGUUAUCCUUGUUUGUCAGCUUCAAAUUCAGCUGUUGCCGCAUAUUAUCAAUUGUUAAGCAACUCUAAUCCCACAAUAACUCCUUCGUUGUCCAAGUAUGCCUGGGGAUCUAUAGGAAAUACAUCUUGCAGUUUCAGUCAUGAUGCAAGACAUCAUAUUCAUUAUAGUGCAACGUCCACAGUUGAGGACCAAUCUGAUCCGUUUUCCCUCGUUGCUGAUGAGUUAUCACUCCUAGCUGAUAGAUUGCGGUCAAUGGUGGUUGCAGAGGUCCCUAAGUUGGCAUCCGCUGCUGAAUAUUUCUUCAAAAUGGGAGUUGAAGGAAAGCGCUUUCGCCCUACAGUUUUAUUAUUGAUGGCAACAGCUUUAAACAUGCCUGUAUCUAUGUCUUCUGCUGAUAGACUAUCACCUGCUAGAGUAGUUGAUAAUUUGGAAACACAACUUCGUAGAAGACAACAGUGCAUUGCGGAGAUCACAGAGAUGAUCCAUGUGGCAAGUCUUCUUCACGAUGACGUAUUGGAUGAUGCUGAUACAAGACGUGGUGUUAGUUCAUUGAACUCAUUGAUGGGGAAUAAGUUGGCUGUUCUAGCGGGUGAUUUCUUGCUCUCUAGGGCUUGUGUAGCUCUGGCCUCUUUACAGAAUACUGAGGUUGUAUCGUUACUUGCCAAGGUUGUAGAGCAUCUUGUCACUGGUGAGACAAUGCAAAUGACAACAACAUCCGAGCAGCGUUUAAACAUGCAGUAUUACAUGGAGAAGACCUACUUCAAGACAGCAUCAUUGAUAUCAAAUAGCUGCAAAGCAAUUGCUCUCCUUGCGGGACAUACUGCCGAAGCUGCAACGUUAGCUUACGAGUAUGGGAAAAAUCUGGGAUUGGCGUAUCAACUGAUAGAUGAUGUUCUUGAUUUCACGGGCACGUCUGCAUCACUUGGAAAGGGUUCACUUUCUGAUAUUCGUCAUGGGAUCAUCACAGCUCCUUUGUUGUUUGCCAUAGAAGAGUUCCCUCAGUUGGGUGAAGUUGUGCAGCGAGGCUUGGAAAACCCUGCAGAUAUAGAUCUUGCUCUGGAUUACCUAGGGAAAAGUCAAGGAAUACAGAAAGCAAAGGAAUUAGCAGUGAAGCAUGCAAACCUAGCGGCUGAAGCUAUUGAUUCUCUACCCGAGAGUGAUGACGAGGAUGUUAGAAGGUCAAGACGUGCACUUAUAGAUCUUACACACAGAGUCAUUAACAGAACAAAGUGAACAAAGAUAACUUAAAGCUUCUGAAGCCCACGAUUUGUUUAAUCUAUUUAUUAUAAGUUUAUGUAUAAUGGGGUGGUAUCAAGGAUACCCAUUUGCCUCUUUAUUCUUUCACAGGUUCAAAUAUGUUCUUUUGCUCAAGUUCAAAGCAAAGGCUCAUGCAUAAGAUUUUUAGUUAGAAUAGAACUGUAGGUCUAUAGAGAACUCUCAGGUAUACGAGUAGUGAACAUAGCAAAACUAAAGCCUUUUUCUGAAUAUUUGUUUUAGAAAUACAAUUAAAAGAACUUUUGUGGGCUA